AUGGGUGAAGUAAAAGUGCCGAGAAAUGGAAAUUGCAAGACCGUUGCGAUAAGGUACCGAUUUGUAUUUGAAAACGUGGGUGGCGGAGAACCCCAUCUGCAAUUUUUACCGCAUCCUCUACUUAAACUCAAAGUAGAUCCUCCCAAGGUUGAAAAUGAGGAAGAACAACUAAAGCCUGAGGAUGUUAAAUAUGAAGACGACGUAGAAUACUUAAGGAGCUUAGACCCAAAAGAAUGGAAGAGCCAGGAUCAUUAUAAAGUUCUAGGAAUACAAAAAUUGAGGUUUAAAGCUACAGAUGAUAUUAUUAAAACAGCCCAUAGAAAAAAGGUAUUAAAGCAUCAUCCUGAUAAGCGGAAAGCCCAAGGAGAAGAAAUUAAGGCUGAUGAUGAUUAUUUCACUUGUAUAACAUUUGCAUAUGAAACUUUAGGCACCUUACCAAAAAGAAGAUCAUAUGAUUCUGUAGAUCCAGAAUUUGACAAUAAUAUACCUUCCAAUAGUGAAAUAAAGAAAGAUUUUUAUGAAAUAUUUUCAUAUUACUUCGAUUUAAAUGCCCGGUGGUCUGAAAAAUCCAAAGUCCCUAAACUAGGGGGACCAGACGCAACUCGACAAGAAGUAGAACGUUUUUAUUCAUUUUGGUAUGAUUUUAAAUCUUGGAGAGAAUAUUCUUAUGAAGAUGAAGAAGAUAAAGAGAAGUGUCAAGACAGAGAUGAAAGAAGAUAUGUAGAUAAAUUAAACAAGGCGGAAAGGUUGCGUAAAAAGAAGGAAGAAAUGUCUAGAAUCAGGGCUUUAGUUGACUUAGCUUACAAUAAUGAUCCCAGAAUAGCUAAAUUUAAACAGGAAGAAAAAGACAGGAAAUUAGCUGCAAAACGUGCUAAACAAACAGCUGCACAAGCCAAAAAAGAAGAAGAAGAACGUAUUAUCAAAGAGGCCUUACUAGCUAAGGAACAAGCAGAGGCUGCUGAAAGAGCCAAAAUUGAGGCUAAGAGACAAGAAAGGGAACUCCAGAAAAAAGCUUUGAAGAAAGAAAGAAAAAUACUUAGAGAUUGUUGCAAAACAAAUAAUUAUUUUGUUAAGGAUGGUGAAGAUAACUUGGCUAACAUAACAGCAUUGGAAUCAAUCUGUGAGAGCCACAGUAUAGAGGAAUUAGAAGAGAUAAAUAAAAAUAUGAAAAAUAACGCUAAAUCUGGAUUUUUCAAAGCAUUAAAAGCAAUGGAAGUAAAACGAGAAAAAGAAAUUCAAGCGCAACUUGAUGCUAGUAAACCUAAAAAUGAUAUUAAAAGUACCACCGCAGUUAAGAAGGUUGUUGCAGAGUGGAAUGAAGAAAAUAUUCAAUUGUUAGUAAAAGCAGUAAAUUUGUUUCCAGCUGGCACAAACCAACGUUGGGAAGUAGUAUCGAACUUUAUAAAUCAACAUGGCAAAUUUUUAGCAGAUAGUAGCAAAUUCAACGCAAAAUUAGUUCUGGCUAAAGCUAAAGAUCUACAAAACACUGAUUUUACCAAAAAUAACUUAAAAGAAACAGCAAACAAACAAGCAUUUGAAAACUUUAAAAAAGAUAAGAAAAAUGUUCUUCACAUAGAUGAAUCUGAUAUUUCUAAAAAUUUAGAUGAUACCAGUCUUUCUAAAAAACUAGAAACAGUUCAUAUAAAUGGAGAUAUCAAACCUGAACCAAAACCAACAAAGUUAACCAAUGGAGAUAAAGCUGGCUCCCCGAAACCUGAAACACCAUGGACAACACAAGAGCAGCAAUUGCUAGAGCAAGCUCUCAAAACAUACCCGGCCUCUACAGCAGAAAGAUGGGACCGCAUCUCCGAUUGCAUACCUAACAGGAGUAAAAAGGAGUGCAUGAGAAGAUACAAACAACUAGUGGAGACAGUCAAGGCAAAAAAAGCUGCCCAAGAAGCAAUUAAUAAAUGA